AUGGAGUGUAUCAGUAACGUUUAUGCAACUUUCUCUCCAACAGGCAAGGCAGAAUUUGCUAUAGUAAAUUUUUAUGCGGACUGGUGCCACUUCAGUCAGUCACUAAAACCAAUCUUUGAUCAAGCUUCCGAUGAAAUCCAACGAGAAUUUCCGACGGUCAUGCUUGCCAAAGUUAAUUGUAUAACUCAAGCCAAUGUGGCCAAUAAAUAUCACGUUAACAAGUAUCCAACACUAAAAUUAUAUAGAGAUGGAAGGGUAUUGAAAAAAGAAUAUCGAGGGCAAAGAACUGCUGAGGCUUUUAAAGAAUUCGUUCGAGUACAAAUGAAAGAUGAUAUCGAAGUGGUCCCUGACGUUGAAAAGAUGAAAUUAGAUACUGACAGGCGUCAUAUUAUUGGAUAUCUGGAAUCUAAGGAAUCGAAAACCUACGACAUAUUUAGGAGGGUAGCUAACUUCUUUAGGAGUGACUGUCAAUUUCAUGUGGCAUUUGGGGAAGCUUCAGUUAGUUUCAGACAUGGUGGUGAUACGGCUGGAUUCAGGGAUUCUCAGUCCACUGAUGAUAUAUACUACAGCAACGGAUUUUCGCCUGGUAAUAAUUAUUUCUUUCAAUGGACUCAAGAUAAAUGUGUACCCCUUGUUCGAGAAAUUACAUUUCAAAACGCUGAGGAAUUGACAGAAGAAGGAUUGCCAUUUCUUCUUUUAUUUUAUGAUCCUAAUGGUGAUAACAAAAUUGUAGAAACAUUUAGAAAAAUUGUUGGAUCAGAACUAUACUCUGAAAAAGACAAUAUGAAUUUCCUUACGGCAAAUGGCUACCAAUUUAGCCAUCCUUUAGUACAUCUAGGAAAGUCUACAGCGGACUUGCCUCUUAUAGCUAUCGAUGAUUUCCGCCAUAUGUACUUAUACAAAGAUAUCAACAAAUUAAGUGAGCCAUCAAGCCUGAAAGAAUUUAUUGCAGAUUUACACUCUGGAAAACUCCAUAGGGAAUUCCAUCAUGGACCUGACCCUACGAAACCAAAUCCUUCUGAUGCAGCGUCUGAAUCUUCGAAUAAAGACAGCACAAAGGAAGUAUCAACACCUCCGAAGAGUCAGUUUGCAAAAUUAAGUCCUAGUGAUCAAAGAUACAGCUUACUUGGACAGAGGGAUGAACUGUAG